AUGCCUCUGGACAUAUCAGAGAAGCUGAAGGUGAAGCUUACCUGGUGGCUGAUAGGGGUGACUGCCCUGGGCUGGGCCACGUCCCCCCAUUUCCGCUGUGCCAACAUGCUCAUGGUGCCCAAGUUCCUGGGCAAGGAGGGUCGGCUCUACGUUCUCUCCUUUGUCUUCGCUGCCAUCUACAAUGGACCCGGGGCCAACCUCUGGUACAACCUGAUGGAGACGAAGCGCUCGAUGGAGUGCGUGGUGGAGCUACAGGUCAACCACACGGGACUCCUGUGGCACGCAUCUACAGCCCCCAUGCGCCAAGUCAUGGAUGAGCUGGUGAAGAGUGCGGAGACACUCAACGCCGAGACACACAACGUCUCUGAAGCCUUCAUGGAGCUGAACGAGCAGAUGGCCAGUGAUGAUGGCUAUGACCUGAAGCAACACCCUGAGAUGGGCAAAGAGUCCAGCACCCAGGAGAUCUAUGAGACAAAGACCAAACUUCGCUGUGAAACUAUGAUCCAGAUGGGCCUGCUGCGCUGCACAACCCACUUCCAGAAAAUGCACCAAAAAUGCAUGAAACGAGUGAAGUUGCCCCUCUUCAACCACCUCGUCUGCCUGCCCAUGCAGUUUGGGUUCCUCUGCCACACGGUCAAAUUCAUGAGGCACUGGUGUAAGGAGAAGAUCCCCGUGGAUGGCAACUUCGGGCACAUGUACGACCAGGUGAACGGCUCCGUCAACAGCCUCAGCCAGGAGUUCAGUGCCAGCAUUGCCUACAAGGAGGAGCACCAGAAGAUGCUGGUGGGCACCGAGGUGGCGGCGCAGAUGCGGGAGGACUUGACCUCGCAGCUGCGGCAGGAAGGCGCCCGCCUGGGCCUGGCUGUCUCCUUCUUCCGCCUGCUGCUGUCCUUCACCUUCCUCUUCGUCUUCAUCUCGGCUUUCAACUACACCUAUCAGUACUGUCACAAAAUCGGCUUUGACAACUGUUACAUCACCACCUAUUUCCACCAAAUCGAUGCCCGGCGCAGAGAGCAGAACAAGCAGACGUUGCUGCCCCUGCUCAAGGAGGAGGUCCCGUCUUUCAUCUUCCCGUGCAAGCUGGCCGUGCAGCGGCCUGAGCGGCGGCACAUGGUGAUGGAGCUGCUCAGGUGCAUCCCACUCCUGCUCUUCCUCCUCUUUGUCUGUGGCCUGGACCACUUCAUCUUCACCAUUCUCAGCGUCAUCCAGAAUCAUUCCUUCAUCGAGUAUUCCUACCAAGCCAGCCACCACUUGUCUGUGAACGUGAUGGGCACAUCCCUGAUGGCACAGCUGCUGCGGGGCACCAUCGGGGCCCUCAACACCUCCUUUGAAUCUGAAAUGGAGACCUCCAACCUGG